GUGGUGUCUGGUGCAAGCACAUUGUGGCUUCUCACCUGUUAACAUGUUUUAAAGUAGCCAGCUGGGCCAUGGGAUUUGCGAUAACAUGAAUACCGUUGUCCUACUACAGAAAGUGCUUUUUGUGGUUAUUUUAAAGCAAACAGUGUGCAGUACACUGCGUUUCCAAGUCGAAGAGGAACAGCAGGAAGGUGUCUACAUUGGAACUAUCAGCAGAAACUAUCUGGGCCCAUACCUGCUGCAUGAUGAGGACUUCAUAAGUCUACAUGAAAACACCGGCAACCUGUAUACUACCAAGCAGAUCAUAGAUAGAGAGAGCGUGUGCCCUCCUCAGCAGCAUGGUGAUUGCACCAUAACCCGCUAUGCUGUUGUUGGCCCACAGAACAUCACAGAAGUCAUAGAGAUCAUACUGAAUGUGGCAGACAUCAAUGACAAUGCCCCAUAUUUCCCUGAGCAUGCCAUGCGCUUGAGUGUGGCAGAGGAUGUAAGUGUUGGGACAAGUUUCGUCUUGGAUGGUGAAGCUCAGGAUAUGGACUCUGGAAUCAAUGGUGAGAUAAGUUACCAUUUGCAGGAUGAUAGUGAAUUCUUCUCUGUGAUAGAGGAUGGACCCUCUCUGGUGCUUGUUUUGCAAAAGGAAUUGGAUCAUGAAAUUCGGGAUAAGCAUCAGAUGACUGUUAUUGCUACAGACCAUGGUCAGAGACCACUCAGCAGCAGUGCCACAGUGAUAGUUACUGUGUCUGAUGUCAAUGAUAAUUGCCCAGAGUUUGAUCCAGACAUUCCCCAUUCAGUGACCAUCAAUGGAAACACCCCCAAGGGCUCAUUCAUUGCCCAGAUGAAAGCCACAGACAGAGAUGCAGGCCGCAAUGCCGCCAUAGACUACUCGUUUAGCAGGAAGAACUCAGAGAAGGCCAUGGCCUUGUUCCAUCUGGACCGACACAGUGGACUGAUCACCUUAGCUGAUGACGUUCAGGCUGACAGCCCGCAGGAGUUUGUGCUGAAAGUCCUCGCCAGCGGGCCCCUCUGCUCCCCCGUCGCCUCCAAGGUAACCAUAUCUGUGCAGCCAAAGACAGGGCCCGAGCCGGUGAUCGAGAUCAGGUUCAUAGCCGAGCAUGAAAACCAGACUAUACUGUUACAGGAGAACAUGCCACCAUCAGCCCUGGCCCUUUUAGAGCUGCGAGACGGCCCCAGCGGCUGCACCCUCUCCAUCGAGGAAGACGUGCCAUUUUCCCUAAAACCACAAACUCAAAAUAGUAACUAUCUCCUUUCAACAUCAAAGCCACUUGACUUUGAAAUGCGUUCUGAAUACCAUGUUAUCGUUGUCAUUGCAAACACCCAGGGCAAGCAUCUGACACAGAGGAAGGUGAUCAAAGUGCUGCUAGUUGAUGUGAAUGAUAAUGCCCCGCAGUUCAGUCAAACACACUAUCAGGUACAUGUGGAGGAGAACAAUAAGCCAGGGGCCAACAUUCUUCAGGUCAGGGCGUUUGAUCCAGACAGUCAGCAAAAUGGAAGGCUAUUUUACAGACUGAGCGAGAGCACAUCCCCGAUUUUUCAUGUGGACCGCGUGACGGGUGAGCUGACGGUGUCAGUCUCUCUCGACCGAGAGCAGCGUGAGUUUUACUCAGUGACUGUGCUGGCCCGAGACAAUGGCUCCCCACCGCUGGAAACGGCAGCGUCUGUGUCUGUCCACGUGCUGGACCAGAAUGACAAUGUGCCCGCUUUCCUCACACCUCACUUCAUUUUCUUCGUGCUGGAGAGCGUCCCCCGUUUGGCGCCUGUGGGAAAAAUUGGGGUGACGGACAUGGACCAAGGUGCCAACGGGCACAUGGAGGUGCGCGUGUUUAACGGCACUGGCCCUUUCGUGAUGGACAACGCCCAGGGAAUGCUGCGCUGCACGAAACAGCUGGACCGUGAGGAGCGGGACCAUUACGAACUCUUCCUGGUGGCGGUAGACGGGGGCAGCCCCGUGCUGUCUGCCACCGCCCAGGUCACGAUUUACGUGGAAGACGUCAACGACAACUGGCCCCAGGUGAUCCUGCCCCGCAGCAACCUCACCUGCCUCACCGUGCUGCCGUCCACCCCAGCCGGCUCUAUGGUCACUCGCAUCUACGCUGUGGACGACGACUCGGGGAUCAACUCAGACAUCACCUACCAUCUUGUCGGCAGCGAGCCGGCGCAAAACUGCCCGUUCCAAAUCGACCCGCACUCGGGCAACAUUUCACUCGCCCAGCGUCUGAUGGGUCAGGACUAUGGGAUGCACCACCUCUUCAUUGUGGUGAGCGAUGGGGGGAAGCCAACCCCACUCCAGACCCCAGUGUGGGUUAACCUGCUGGUCAAUGAGACACUGGCGCAGUGUCACCUAAACAGUGUUCCAAAGAGCCUGCCAAGCACACUCCCGCGGCCCACUGUGCCAAAUCGGUGUGAGACCAGUGAGCAGUAUGGUCAGAAUCCCAAGUUAAUACUACUCCUUGGCUUGGGCAUGGUCGUUUUAUCUCUGUGUCUCUUAUCAAUUGCCGUGGGGCUGUUUGUGAAGCAGAAGAACAUGAGGCAUCAUGUAAAGGCUCGUGAAAGGAUCCCUCUGAGGGACAAACAUUGCUCUGAUCACUGAGAAAAAGACUGAUUUGUGUAGUUGCAGAAUCAUUUACACCUUCAGCUCUACGGAGAACAUAUUUUUUAUCUACACAAAUCUCUAUGCAAAUCUGUAUUCUG